GAUUAGGGGUGGCACUCUGCGUAUCUGAUGUGAAGUGGUCUCGGCAUUCUGUUUCUGACUCCUUCUUGACGGAAGGUUGUCUUUUUUUUUUACAUUCGUUGAGUUAUCCGGUGACACGGGAGGGGAUAUUAAUUGCCACUAUUGCAACAAUAUUGGGUUGUCUACAUUUUGUUGAGUAUCGCCUUCUGUCGCUACUUCUAGGUCAGGUUAGCCAAAGUUGAUUUCAUGUGGAAAUGCUAGCCAAGUGCGUCGCGUGUUCUAGAUCGGUUUUAAAUGUGUUGUAAUGGUUUACGUAGGGGGUGGUUGCUUUCCUUUUGUCUCUAUGGCCAUUGUUUAACUUUUACAUGUUGUUUGGCUCCUUAACGUUUGCUCUUGGUGGCAACAGUGAACUGUUCCAGUCACAACCUGAGGAGGCAGUUAGCUAGCCGGCUAACAGGCUAAGCUUUUAUCGCGUCCCUCCUUGACGUUUGCGGGUUUAUCGGAUAACCUGGUUUGGUUGCAAAGUUAAUGAUCACGCCUGUAAUGUGGGCAGGUGUGCUUUUAGCUUCUUUCGGCUCCACUAGUCAGUAUUCAUAGAGGCUGCAUUGCAGCCGUUGCAAAUACAAGACGAAGCAGCUAGCUCACAGCUAGCUUGCUGGCUGCUAAUUUGUCAAUAGUGCAGAUUCUGGCAGAGUGUAGCCGAUUUACAGCUGUAGCCACAAACUGGACAAGACGUUGGAUUUAUCGGGGUUUAAAGUGGGCUCAGCCGGAGUGCUGACCCCUCAAAAGAAAAUGAAGAAGAGGAAGGAGCUAAAUGCCCUCAUUGGACUGAACGGGGACAGCAAGAGGAAGAAGACCAAGAAAGGAUCAGGUCACAGACUUUUGCGUACUGAGCCUCCGGAUUCAGAAUCGGAAACAAGUUCAGAAGAUGAUUUUAAUAACAUCAGCAGCCUGAGCGUGUUUGGCAAAAGAAGUUACGCACAGUGUUGCAACAUUUGCUACCCGCUGUGCGUGUUUAUUGUGCUGGCUGCUUGCGUGAUUGCCUGCGCUGGACUGAUAUGGAUGCAGAUCGCCCUGAAAAACGACCUGGACAACUUGAAGGAGAAGAUCCAUACGAUGGAUUCUAGUCAACAAAUGUCAUCGCAUGAAAUUCCAAAGCUAAGCGAAGACCUGAAGUCCAAACAGAAGAAGCUUGAGGACCUGGAGAGUGGUGACAGGGGUUUGGAAACUCUGUGGUCUAAUCUCACAGACAUCAACAGAAAGAUAACUAUACUGGACUCAGCAGUCAACCAGCUGAAAACAACCAUCAAAUCUGCAGCAAAUUUGAUAAAUCUCCCAUCCACAGUUGCAGAACUUCAGAAGAGUGUUGCUACAAUUGGCAGCACACUAACCAGCGUGCAGCAUGAUGUUAAAACCAUUCAAACUGUCGUGGAAGACCAGAGGAAGGAAAGAGACCACCAGAAGAAUGUUAUGAAUGGCAGUGAUAGAAAAACCGGUUUGAAAUUGGAUACCUUGUCAGAAAGAGGUGUGAACAGCAGCACGUGUGAUGCUUUGAAACAGGAGGUGGUGUACCUUCAGGAGACAUUCAGUGAAUUAAAUGUCAGUCAGAAACUUCACCAGUCCUGGGCUACCAUUCAGAUGCGCAGUCUUCAAUCCACCUUGUCAAAUCUCACUGGAAGAGUGUUUUCGUUGGAGUCGCAGUCACCUUUCACGCAAGUGAAGCCAGAUGAGUUUGUGGCACCUUCAGAGCUGGGCAGAACUACUCAAGGAGUCCUGGACCAAACUGGUGGCAGCAUCAAGAGUGUUGAGCCACCCAUUUCUGCAGUCUCUGGCUCUUCACAGUCAAACUCAAAGCCAACCAGACGACCAAGAUUUCUUUCUCAAAAACGUGCUAAGAGAGACAAAGCCUCUCAGAAGACAUCAGUACAAGACCUCGAGACCCUGUUCAAGUACAUGGACUUGAACCCUGACUCUCCUGGCGUGUCCUACAUGCAACUGCGGGAGCUUCUAGGUGCUGCCACACCAGCCGCCCAUUUCCUUGAACCCUAUGACCGCAAUAGGGACCACAGGUACUCUCUGGCCGAGCUGAGGGCGGCUGCUGCAGCGCUGUGAGACAAGUGCCUACAGGAGGGGAUUGGCUGAGGCUUUUACAGCUGCGAUACGUCACGGUGUGGCAGUGCCUCAUCUUUUUUCUCUUUCUUCAAAGUAUCGUUUUUUGACAUGUGGACUACUGUAUACAGCAGUCACAGAUCACACACCACCACAGACACCUCCCAGUUGUCAGCCAUGGAUCCCAUGGUCAACUUUUUACAGUCGUUAAAAGCGGCAAUGAUUUGCUGUGUAAUUCUGAAGACCUUUCCCUAUAUUCCAAUGCACCUGAAAGAAGGCUCACGAUUCAUGGAAUGUAAAGGAAAUGUUUUUUUGUUUUUGUUUCAUUUUCUCUUAUACAAUAGGGAGCAUCAAACACCUCUUGAAAACUAAAACUUUGAAAAAUCUCACUCUGCUCUAGCACUAUUGAUCAUGUGCACCACCAUAACUUUCUUAGAAAUUUCU